UGAGAGCAGAGCGAGCGCCCAGAUCCCGAACAAUCCAUCUCAUGUGCACAGGAUGACAUGCAUAGGUGGGAUCCAUAGAGACACAUAUCAUGGGAAAUACAAAAAGUAAAGCAAGAGGUCAGGUUCAAGUAGAUGGCACAGAGCUUCGCCACCAUGCCAACUUACAACAGGCCAAUUUACGUUCCCUAUACCGGCCCACCACUGCUGAUGCCAAGAAGAAGAAGAAGACCACCCCACUCGCCCUGAAUGGAGCUCAGAUUAACAUCCUUAAUUCCUGGGUUUCAAAACAUAUUAAGAAAAAAGAGUGUGUUGCUUUCAUCCCACAAGAGUCUAGCGAGGGAGAGACCUGUGGAUGUGGUAAUGCCAGAGAGUCACACUACCAUGGCCUCUCACAACCUGUUGUGCCACCUGAAACCAAGUGGGAACCUCAGAAGCAUGUCAAAGAAUUCCCCAGUGAUGCACAUGGGGACAUGACAUUUACAGGAACCACCAGGACCUGGGCCAAGUAUGUGCGAGCAUCGUGUGACACUCGUCCCAGGGUAUUGUUUGAGCUGAUGACAGAGCAGUGGGAGCUCCGUGUACCAAGUCUUCUCAUAUCUGUGACAGGGGGAGCCAAAAACUUCAACAUCAGCCCAAGAUUGAAGACCCAAUUCAGCCGGGGCCUUGUGAAGGCUGCACAAAGCACAGGGGCCUGGAUCAUCACCGGAGGGUCUCAUGCCGGGGUCAUGAAACAUGUAGGUGAAGCCAUACGAAAUUUUAGUGGAGGCGAAGCAGACUCUGAGAUUGUCCUGAUAGGCAUUGCCACCUGGGGCAUCGUCCACAACCGAGGAUCGCUGAUCAGCGAGGCGGGGGGAGCUCCAGCCCUGUACCCCAUGGAUGAAGGAUCACAGGGGAAGCUGUGCUGUCUGGACAACAACCACACGCACUUCAUACUGGUAGAUGACGGGACACAAGGACGUUACGGGAUAGAAAUACCACUGAGAACUCGCCUGGAGAAAUUUAUCUCUUCAAACACUUUCUUUAUCUCAGGAACAGCCAUUAAAAUCCCCAUAGUGUGUGUGGUGCUGGAAGGAGGUCCCGGAACAUUGGACACCAUCUACAGUUCCAUGUGUAACAACACCCCGUGUGUCAUCGUGGAGGGUUCUGGUCGAGUUGCUGACAUCAUCGCACAAGUGGCAAAUCUUAGUUCCUCCAGAAUUACCAUCAACCUCAUUAAAGAGAAACUGCGGAAUCUUUUCUCGGACUCGUAUGAAAGUUUCACAGAAGCUCAAAUCAUCAUGUGGACCAAGAAAAUACAAGACAUUGUCCGCAUGGGGUCCCUGCUCACCAUCCUCCGGGAGGAGAAGGUUGGGGAUCAAGGGAUGGAUGUGGCAAUUCUGCAAGCUUUGUUGAAAGCCUCUCACAGUGCAGAAUACAAUGGCCAGGAGAACUGGGACCAUCAGCUGAAACUCGCCGUGUCCUGGAACCGGCCAGACAUUGCAGAAACUCAGAUCUUUACUGAAGACUGGACAUGGAAGCCCUCAGAUCUGUAUGACUGCCUGACAUUGUCAUUCAUUGAAGACAAGCCUUCAUUUGUGCGCCUGUUCCUGGAGCGUGGAGUCAGUCUGUCGGAGUACCUCACCUGGGAGACUCUCACCAACUUGUACAACAAUACAGAUCCGUCCAGUUCAAUUCACAGCAAACUUGAGAGACACGCCACAGUGGAGGGAUCAAAGGAAGUUGUUGUAUCUUCCAUAGAACUUCAUCAUGUCUCCCGUGUCCUGCAAGAGCUUUUGGGAGACCUUACAGAGCCCCUGUACCCGGAAGCCAAGCGUAAGCGUAUGGCACAAGUCAACAUCAAGAUGAAUGGGAAAGUGGGAGCUAUGAAGAAAAACAAAAAACACCAGCAGAUGGACCACCCCGUGAGGGAUCUUCUCAUCUGGUGCAUCGUGCAAAACCGGGCUGAGUUGGCGGACAUCAUCUGGAAUCUGAAUCAGGACAAUGUGGCCGGAGCCCUGGCCUGCACCAAAAUCCUGAAGGCUCUUUCUAAGGAGGAGGAAGACUCUGAGAGCGUGGAGGAGAUGACAGCACUUGCAAACAUCUAUGAGGAACGAGCUGCAGGAGUGUUUUCUGAAUGUUAUCGCGGUGAUGAUAAACGAGCAGAACUUCUCUUGAUCCAUGUCACCUCCAAAUGGGGAAGGACCACAGCCCUGGAACUGGCUCAGGAGUCUCAAGCUUUGACCUUCAUGUCACAAGGAGGUGUCCAGAUGCUUCUCACAAAGACCUGGUGGGGGAACCUCUCAGUGGACAAUGGCUUCAUCCAGAUUUUGCUGUGUAUGUUGCUCGUCCCUCUCAUUUACAGCGGCCUCAUCGGCUACAGGAAAGGCUUCACAAACUCCCCGUCUUUCCUCGAUGCAACUUCAAGCGAGCGGAGAAAUCGGAGUGUUCGCCAAGGUCCUGAGGAAACAUCAAGGAGAGAUGAGACGCCUCAAGAUUACAACUGUAUAAACACAGAGGAGCUAACUGAUUCUGUGGCCUGUGCCCACCUUAUCAUCAUCAUCCUUACCAUCCUGGAGACAGACCCAUCUCAGCCCCCUACAGCUAUGCUUCUCACAAAGACCUGGUGGGGGAACCUCUCAGUGGACAAUGGCUUCAUCCAGAUUUUGCUGUGUAUGUUGCUCGUCCCUCUCAUUUACAGCGGCCUCAUCGGCUACAGGAAAGGCUUCACAAACUCCCCGUCUUUCCUCGAUGCAACUUCAAGCGAGCGGAGAAAUCGGAGUGUUCGCCAAGGUCCUGAGGAAACAUCAAGGAGGGGAGUUGGACUAGUGGAGCAAGGGAAGUCUCCACCCAGACCCAGACCGUACACCUGUUCCUGGAAGCUCAAGGCUUUCUUCACCGCUCCAAUUGUGAAGUUCUAUUAUAACGUUGUGUCAUAUAUUGGAUUCUUGUGGCUUUUUGCGUAUGUUCUGAUGAUCGACUUCCAGACCUAUCCUUCCUGGAAGGAAUAUCUGUUGUAUGUUUGGGUCUUCUCCAUCCUCACCGAGGAGCUACGCCAGCUGUUGUAUGACCCGGAGCAACGUGGCUUUGUGAAGAAGUCGGUCCAAUACAUCACAGAGUUUUGGAAUCAGGUGGAUUCGAUGGCUUUGGGUUUAUUCGCUGUGGGGCUGAUAUGCAGAUGGGUUCGGACAGAUACCGUCUAUCUGGGUCGUGUGUUUCUGUCUCUAGACUUCAUGAUAUUCUGCAUCCGCCUCAUGCACAUCUUCUCUGUCAGCAAGGUUCUGGGUCCUAAGAUUAUCAUCCUCCGCCGAAUGGUUAAAGACAUCUUCUUCUUCCUCUUCCUCUUGGCCAUUUGGAUUGUAUCGUACGGAGUGGCGAAGCAGGCCAUUUUAAUUACCAAUGAAGACCGGUUGUACUGGAUUUUCCGCAACGUGGUCUACGAACCCUACCUCACCCUCUUUGGUCAGCUUCCUUCAGAUGUAGACAGUUUAAAUUUUGACCCAACAAAAUGUUCCCAAAAUGGCACCGACCCGACCCUGCCAAAAUGUGUUUUCAAUGAUGGAUCCAAAGCUCUGUUCCCAGAGUGGCUGACCAUAAUUCUCAUGUGCCUGUAUCUCCUCCUGGCCAACAUCCUUCUGCUCAAUCUGCUUAUCGCCAUGUUCAGUUAUACAUUCGUAGAGGUGGAAAGUCACACAGAUCAGGUCUGGAAAUUCCACCGAUUUGGCCUAAUUAAAGAAUAUAAUGAGCGUCCUGCGGCUCCGCCUCCAUUUAUCCUCCUGGCUCACUUCUAUGACUUCCUGAAACAUAUAGUUUGUAGACGUCCAGCCCAUGGCCACAAAGUAUUGAGACGGGAGCUGGACGUGGAGCAAGAGUCGUCACUUCUCUCCUGGGAGUCCUACAUGAAGGACAACUACCAGCAGAUUCAGCAACAGCGAGAUGCGCAUAGCCAGGAGAAUCUGGUGAAGGACACUGCUAACAGUGUCUCCGCAGUGCUGCGUCUGCUGAAAAUAGAGAAGGGCAGCGAAGGGCACCAGCUUGAUGGAAGGCUGUCUCAGCUGGAAGAGCAGGUGGAUCAGUCUACUCGAUAUCUGAACUGGAUCAUCUCGGCCCUGACGGAGAAAGGUUUCAGCAGUAAGACACGGAUAUUGGUCCACAGCACCUCUCAGGACUCCGAAGAUAAGGCCGCAGUGGGAACAGAUGGAAGCGGAGAGAAGAACUGCCUGUACCACGUGAACUCCCGGAUCCUGCAAUACCCGAACUCUAAAAUGACCCGCUGCGCAGUGCCCGAUGAGUUGGUGCCAUGGGAGGAGAAAUUUCCGGGAUAUAAUCCUCCCCUCUACAACGCUGAGAGGAACGACCGAGGGACGUAUGACCCAAACACUGAGAUGGAGCAAAAGAGCCGCAAGUACAAUUCUAUGGACGGACUUUACGACUUCCGCAGCUGCUGUGGCACCUAUAUAGUCCAGGACGGUUUACCUCUGAACCCGAUGGGACGAACCGGACUGAGAGGAGUCGGGAGUCUGCGCUGGUUUGGACCCAAUCAUUCUUUGCACCCAGUUCUGACACGGUGGAGCCCCAGCUCAGCCGAUGGAUCCAACCGGAAAGCACCCAAGAAUAUUCUGGAGGUUCUGAUAGUGAAGAGGAGAGAGAACGAGCUUUGGUCAUUACCCGGGGGCACGCUGGAUCCAGGACAGCAGGUUCCCUUUAAGUUCCAGGCACUGCUAAAGCCUACAUACCUGAGCGAAUUUCUGGCAUUGCUGGGCUCUGGGACAGAGGUCUUCCAUGGGUACCUGGAUGACCCCCGAAACACAGACAAUGCCUGGAUAGAGACUUUGGCAAUCAGCGUCCACCUGGACACACAGGGGAGUUCGGACAAACUUCUGCAGAACCUGAAGGAAUCGGAUCAUGAGAUAACACUGCGGUGGCAACUCCUGGACCACAAGAUCCCCAUGUACGCCAACGAGAAGGAGAUUCUCCAGAGGACAGCCGAGCACCUCCAAGCCCAUUAUUAA